AUGACCAUCCUAUUCUGGAACGUGCGCGGCAUUGGCCGGCCUUCUUUCUUACCAAAUUUCCGGCUCCUUAUGCAUCAUCACACGCCUUCUAUGGUGGUCUUGGUGGAAACGUGGGUCACUAGGGAGAAAACGGCAUCCAUUGUUAGUAACCUGGGUAUGGAUUCUUGGCAUCUGGUGGAGCCUUUGGGUUUCGUGGGAGGCAUUCUCCUGCUCUGGAAUUCACAUGUUAUUGAUUUCCAGGUCCUAGGAGAAGGGGCUCAAGGAGUUCACGGCGUCAUGGAGGUUCGGUCUCUAAAAUCUUCCUUUAUUUUUUCUACUAUUUAUGCUAGUCCUAAGUUCUGUAUUCGUAAUCUUUUUUGGAAUGAAUUAAAAGAUAUAGCUCGUAGUAUCAAUAAACCUUGGUUAGUAAUGGGGGACUUUAAUGAUGUUGUUUGUCAAAAUGAAAAGCUAGGAGGUAGGAAAGUCUCUCUUAGGAGAGCUAACUUGUAUGCUGAAACGAUGGAUAAGUGCAAUCUGUUAGAUAUGGGAUUUUGUGGACCAAAGUUUACAUGGACUAACAAAAGGAAGAAAAACCCUAUUUAUGAGAGGCUGGACCGGGGAUGGGCUAAUGUCGACUGGCUAAACAUUUUUCCUGAGUACAAAUUAUCUCACCUUCCUAGGGUUACAUCUGACCAUUGCCCCAUAUUAUUGAACCUUACCUCUCAAAGUGAGAAUGGAGACCAAAGACCCUUUCGUUUUGAGCCGAUGUGGACGCUGGAUAGCCGAUUCCUAGGAGUAGUUGACCAGGCGUGGCCUAGGACGAGUAUUCCCCUGAACUCAAAACUAGAUUAUACUAAGGAUGCCCUUAGGGUUUGGAACAAGGAGACUUUUGGCAACAUAUUCGUUAGGAAAAAAGUCAUGUUGGCUAGAAUUCGGGGGGUUCAGAUUUUCCUCCAAAACAACCCCAUGUCCACCUUUCACCAAAAUCUUGAAACUGAUCUUCAGAAGGAGCUUUUAGAUGUUUUAGAUCAAGAGGAAAUGUUGUGGCGGACUAAAAGUCGGUUAGAGAGAAUUGGGGAAGGGGAGAGGAAUACUAGCUAUUUCCAUAGAAGUGUCACCAUAAGACGGGCCAGAAACCGAAUCUUUUGCCUUAGGGACGAGGUGGGGGGGGAAAUUCACGACCCUAUAGCAAUAAAAGACCAUGUAGUAGGAUUUUACCAGAAGUUGUAUACCUCGGAACAUGAAAUUUGUAUUAACCGUAGACAGGGAAAUGAGGAGAAUAACAGUCAGAUUAGUAUAGGUUCUGAGCCUACUAAUGAGGAAAUCCGGGAGGCUUUGUUCAGUAUGAAACCCCUAAAGGCCCCGGGGCCGGAUGGAUUUCAUCCGGUGUUCUUUCAAAAAACCUGGGAGAUUUAG